CUCUCUAUCCUUUUCUCUGAUGGGAGAGCUCAAGUGCUAUGGAUUCGUCCCCUGUACAUCAAGGUUAUCUAAAGAAAUACGGCGGGUUCAUUUUCAAGCAGUGGAAGGAGCGUUACAUUCAUCUUAGCAAGGAUGGUAGCCUCUUCGUGUCACGAGACUUAGAUUCUCCUCCUGAGCUGGAAGUCUCUCUGCUCUCCCGCUGCCAAGCAGUACUGGAAGGACCAGAUUUGGGGGACAUGCCUAAACUUCCUGUGGGGACCCAAAAGGACUGCUGCCUGGGGCUCUCGUUGAAUGAUGGAAGGAAACUCCUUCUCCUGGCCCGAGAUUCACAGGACUGCAGCAAAUGGAUAAAUAUCCUCCGAAAAGUGAGAGAGAGUCUAUCCAUGCCUCCCUUAUCUCCAGCAAGCUGCAGGCUUCAUCCCAACUCCCCCAUUAGAAGGUGUUGCUGGAGAGAUGUUUCUACUCAGACAAAGGACAAGAUCCAAGGAAAAGAAGAUAAAAUGGCUCAGUAUAAGGAAAAGUGUCCUGCUCGCUGCCUUCGUCACAGCUCUCAGUCCAACUGGGGAGUGAAGACAGCAUGCGUGCUCAUGGGAGAAGCUGCAGCUGGUCCAACACUUGCUUACAUGGUGACUACAAGUCACAGUGCUCGCCCAGCCGAAACUACUUCUACCCCAGAUUAUCGAGGGCUGGGCUACAACCAUUCUUCUGACAUAGAGGGAUGUCAGUACGAUGUGGAGUUUGAGGGCAUGGACCAGGAUUACAACGCCUUUGACUUUGGUGGUUUUGCCUUUUGAAACGUGUUUCCAUUGUUUAACCUAACUCCUGGUGGUCUUUCUAGAUAUGUUUCCAAUCUUGAAUCUAAAAAGUAAUUAGACAAUGCUUAAACAGUGGUUAAAGUAAAUUGUCAUAUUAUGUGUUCCUCUCCUGUAGCAGAUAUGGUUUAGGUUCUAAGGCCUGGGUCAAACAUAACAACCAUUCAAGUAGGGUUACAGAAUGGUUGUUUCAAAAGUAGUAUUUUAUCAUUUUUAUUUUAGAUACCCAUCUUAUUUUGUAAAUACUUUUUCUAACAUUACUCAUAUACAUUUAGGACCAUGAAUGCUUUUCUUUUUCCAAUGUCAACUUCUAGGUCCUCGUUCUGACAUGCAGACGCCAUGAAGAAGACCCAUCCUAUUCAAUAAUGUUCAUGUCUAUACUAUCUCUCUUUAUAACUGUAUCCCUGCCAAUAGCUUCAAUGGGCAGAGACACCAAUAACUUCUUUUUGAUGGACAUAAAUGCAGAGAAGACAAGAUAGCUUCUAAACAACGUACAUAAAACAAUAAAUAAAGAAGAAAAAUGCUGGCGUUAAUUUAGACAAAAUAAUGUUAAUGAUAAAUAAUCUCUAUUUUAUUACACCCAGCUUACAACCAAUGCUCAGGAACACACACCUGAGCAUGUGUACUUCAACCUUUGUGGCAACUUUGGGAUUACCUCUUACUACUUGUGAAAUUUUGCAGUCGGCAAAAGUCCGCUACUCAUUGGAAGUAAUGUCGAGCGCGGUAAUGAUAGCCACUCACACCAUGUAGCUUGCAACAGGAAUCUUGCACUUCAAAUGUUAGAGUUCUAAAAAAUAAGUUAGGAAUAACAAGCAGCAUCAAAUAAAAUGUAUGUUAUGAGAGGGUGACAAACUAUUCUUAAGUCAUGCUUAGAAUAUCC